AUGUUCAAAUACGCCGUUGUUCUCUUCGCUCUUUUCGCAUGCGCUGCUGCCAAGCCCGGUUUCCUGGCUGCCGCUCCAUUGGCCUAUGCUGCUCCCGCCGCUGUUGUCGCUGCACCAGCUCCAGUUGUUACCGCCACCAGCAGUCAAGUGAUCGCGAGAAAUUACAAUGGUAUCGCCACUGCUCCAGUUGUUGCUCGUUAUGUUGCCGCUGCUCCUUUAGCUGCUCCCUUAGCCGCUCCCUUAGCUGCUCCCUUAGUUGCACCAUUAGCUGCUGCUCACUAUGCUGCUGCUCCUUUAACCGCUCCAGUUGUUGCUCGUUACGCCGCUGCUCCCUUAGCUGCUGCUGUGUGGUGA